GCAGUAUCGUAUCUCUUGCCCGUAAAGCAAAGAACUUAAGUCUCUCCUUCUCCAUGCUAACUUUGUAGAUCCAUUUUCAGUCCUCUUUUGAACACACAAUUCUCUCUUUCUCUCUCUCGAUGAAGAAACAAAAGGACCAAAAGUCAUCAUUGUCUUCUUCAUCACCAUCUCUACUAACAAAGCUUCUCAAUGCUCAACACCAAAAUUUCCUCAAUAUCCUUUCAUAUUCUCUCAUUCUCUUCUGCGGCAUAAUCAUCGGAAUUCUUCUACAUUCCUCUCUACAAGACUUCGCUUCCAAUUCUUCACUAAGCAUUCAACACAUCUCUGAGCUCUUCCUUGUCUCCCCUCCCCCUCCUUCUCCUCCUCCUCCUCCACCUUCUCCUCCUCCUCCUCCUCCUCCUCCUCCUUCUCCCCCUCCUCCUCCUCCUCCUCCUUCACACCCCGAGCACGACGGGCUCAAACGGUUUCUGAGGCCACCGGAGAACAUUAUGCACAACAUGAAAGAAGAAGAGCUUUUUUGGAGAGCUUCAAUGGCACCCAAGAUCAGGAAUUACCCUUUUCCACGAACACCAAAGGUUGCUUUCAUGUUCUUGACAAAGGGUCAUUUACCUCUCGCUCCUCUAUGGGAGAGAUUCUUUCGAGGUCAUGAAGGCUUUUUCAAUAUCUACGUUCACUCAUAUCCUACUUACAACGAGUCCGAUUCCAAAGGUUCCGUCUUCCAUGGCCGGCAGAUUCCAAGCGAGAGAGUGGAUUGGGGAUACGUGAAUAUGGUGGAAGCAGAACAAAGAUUACUAGCAAAUGCUUUAUUAGACAUUUCAAACGAACGAUUCGUACUUCUCUCCGAAUCAUGCAUCCCUCUCUUCAACUUCACCACCGUUUACACUUACCUCACUAACUCAACUCAAACUCAUGUCGAAUCCUACGACCUACUCGGCGGCGUUGGACGUGGCCGGUACAGCCCUGAAAUGAAGCCACGUGUUCAGCUACACCACUGGCGCAAAGGCUCUCAGUGGUUCGAGCUAAACCGUGACGUGGCUGUAGAAAUCAUCUCCGAUAAAAUCUAUUGGCCACUCUUUUACCGGCAUUGCCACAACGGUUGCUACGCAGACGAGCACUACAUCCCUACGCUGCUCAACAUCAAAAGGAGCCUAGGUCGACACAACUCGAACCGGACUCUCACGUGGGUCGACUGGUCUAAAGGUGGGCCACAUCCUAACCGGUUUAUAAGAUACGAGGUGACGAAAGAGUUCCUGGAGAAGCUGAGGAGUGGUGGUGGUGAUGAGAAUAGGCAGUGUUACCACAAUGGAGAGAAAACGAAUAUUUGUUAUUUAUUUGCUCGCAAGUUCUUGCCCACUGCUCUCGGCAGAUUGCUCCGGUUUGCACCUACGGUUUUGUAUUUCUGAUCAUUCUUCUUUGACAUAAAUAUUUUUUUUCUUUUCUAAUGUUGUAUUCUUUUUAUUCUUCUUUUCAACUCAUAAGAAAAAGAUCAUUUAUCAUAAAUUGAAAAAAGUUUGUUUGCCGUA